GCGCGCGCGGGAAAUUUGAUUGAGAAGGAAGAUGGCGAAAGGACCGGAAUCUAACGUUGCUGAACGCUUUGCAACUUUGGGUAUUGAACUCUUAGAUGAAGGAUGGGUGAAUGCAGUAUGGGAGAGCGACUUCACAGAAAACCCAGAGCUUCCAGAGGGGGUCAAAGGUCAAUGGGACAACCAACGUGAAGUCCUAAGGUCAUUGAAAGAUGCCAUCGACUGCUCCACACCGUGGGCCAGGGUGGACUUUGCCACACUCCCUCAAGGGUUUUGGAACAUCCUCUGUGAAAAUGGAAUAGUACCCAGGUCUCUGCUGGCUGGGCUGCACCAUUUUAUGAAUAGGGUGGACAGCCUCCUUUCAUCAGCAGUGGAAAGAGAGAUUGCAAUAUCGGCCGCUCAUCUGUACAUCCUCCUGCUUGAGAUACCAGGAAGCGGAGCUUACCGUGUGCAGCAGCCGAUGCUCUUCGAGGAAGCUUUGGACACCUUCAAGCUCUGGCCGAAGACAGAGAGCAACAAGCGGAAGCGCCCCGAGUCCAAAAGCCAUCGAAGCUCCCAGCCACAGGGGGGCAAGAAGUCCCGUCGCAUCACCUCCAGCCAGACCGCAUCCCAGAAGGCCCACGAUGCCGGCAACGAUGAGGAGGAGGAUAUGGAGGAGGAUGAGGAAGAGGUGGUUUCCUUGACGACGCAGGAAGUGGAUCGCAUCCACCGGGCUAUCUACCAUGCUAUCAGGGAGGUUGUUUUCUUGCUGAGGAACGUGCCAUUGAAAAGUUCUGAAGAGAUCAUCGAGCACGUCAUGCAACGUCUGGCCGAGGUCAGUCGUGUCCCCACGGAGCAGGGCUGGGAUUCCCACUUUGGAAACAAGAGUUCUCUAGAGGAUGUAUACAGUAUCAGCCAUCUUGCCUACCUUGGUCUAGAAGCUCUCUGCACAGGUUCUCAUGGGGAAUCCUCUCACAUGCUACGACAGGUUUUCAAGCAUCUGCUUCCAAACAUCUUGAUGUUGAUUGGUGAGAAUCAAGCCGUUGCGUCAACAUCCAUACCAAAACACAUCCAACAAAUGAAAGACCAUGCAGAGGCUUUCGCCAGCCAUAUGUAUAAGGACAUAGGGGAGAAAUCCUUGCCGUGCUUGAGGGUUCUAAUGCAGCACAUGUGUGUCAAAGUGCCGGAUAAGGUCGAGUAUCGGACGCGAGCUUCACAUACCAUCGCUCGCAUUCUCGCGGGUGUUCCGGCCGAAAUGGAAGCCAGCUUCGUCAAGUGGCUCUUCCUUUACUCGAAAAAUGCUAAGAUCAGUUAUCGUGUCUUUGCUCUUGAAGUAGUUGGUGCCCUUCUAGAGAGGCCAGAGAGACAAUCAUCAGGCGAGGGCAACCAGGAGCAGUUUUUAUCUCAUCGUUUUUUGCUUGACAUCAUGGUAUCCCGCUGCUCCGAUAAGGCACCUACUGUUCGAGCCAAGGCGCUGAGCUGUCUAGCCCAGUUUACUGCCCUCGCUGGUAACCAAGCGUCCAACCCUCUGUCGGAUAUUCUAGCUGCCCCUACGGCCAAGACCGGGGCUACCCCGGUGCUUGUUCUUGAGGAUGCAAUCAAGGAAGCAGCAGCAGGAUCGACCAAGGACAACGCACCUGCAGGGCAUGCUGGGACUGACGCAAUGGAUUGUGGGUCGACGGUGAACGACGGGGGGUCUGGAGAGGUCGUGGAAGAAUCUGUGAAGGAAAAAGGUCCCUCAGAGCCUAAGAAGGGUGCCACCCCUGGGAACUUAAUGGGAGGAUCCCCUGCUCUGUUGUUUGGAGAUGAUAGUGCAGCAGGUUUUGUUGGUAGCAGUGGACUGUUGAAUUGCUUGAAGGAGAGGAUCUGUGAUGAUAAAGUCGGAGUACGCAAAGCAGCUCUACAGGCACUUGAGAACAUCUUCAAGCUCCAGUGCAUGGCCUUUGACCUUCAGCUGUUGGAGAUCCUCAGGGAGCGUUGUCGUGAUACCGCCCUCUCUGUCCGUAAGCAGGCACUAGACUCGCUCACCAGUCUUCUCAAAGAAAGCCCGACUGACGAAAGGGUCCAAAGGGUAUGGCUUCAGGGUGUCCUGCCAACGGUGUCCGACCGAGAGUCGUCAGCCUCAGAGAAAUGCCUGCAGCUCCUUCAAGAUCUCGUCCUGGAUGGUGUAUGCAGGAAGGGUGUCACCGAGACCAAGAAACGGCUGGCGUGGAGUCUACUAUGUCAACUCAUGGAACCUGACCUGUGUGACCUCAGGGUGUAUUUCCAGCGAGUAUGUCGUCUGUGGGCGAGGCAGAAGUUACUCACCCCAUCGCUCGUCAAAGGCUUGGCAGAACACACGCAAGGAGAUAAUACUGUUGCUGCCUGGAUGUUCCUGUCCCAGGUCUCUCACUUCUGUCCUCACCUGGACAAGGCCCUGGUCCUCUCGACCUGGCACGACCUGACCACUGACCUCACAAACAGUUCAGUGAACUCUACAGCCCAAGGGUCAACAAACUCUGAGAUCUUGACCAGCGUGCUUUCCGUCAUUGGGAGUCUGGCAAGCCACCUUGUGGAGGAUGAGAGGAAAGAUCUUGUGCAGGGGAUGGUUCAGAGGCUUGUUACGCAGAUGGACUCGCCAAACCUUAUGGGAGCUAUGAUAGAAACUGUAUAUAAGCUUUGCUGUGCCUGUGUCGGUGAGAACGAGACCGCCAACCCGCUCCUAGACCAAUCCUGCGACACGAUCCUCCAAGCCUGUGACUCGUACCUCUCCCAAAUCCUUCUCACCGAAGACGCUCCAAGACCAGACGAUGCCACGGAGGAGAAGCUCAUAGCGCGGAUCUUCCUGCUGGGCGAGAUAGCCCAGCUGUGUCCCUACAGGAUGCCUCGGAGGGUCUUUACCCUGGUCCAGUCUCUCCUUGCGGGUCCAGGAGCUGCUAUCUCUGAAGGAACUGAUCUACCUUCUUCUCAGGGUCUCACCCAGUUCUCCCAGCAGCCCCUCUCCCAGUUCCGCACCAAUGGUUCCCCUGUAUCAAUGGCCGUCCGGGCCCAUGCCUUCGUAACCCUAGGCAAGCUGUGCCUCCACCACGAAGGCCUCGCGAAGCAGUGCAUCGCUGCCCUCGCCCGGGAGCUUGAGAUUGCGGAAGACGCGGCUGUCAGGAAUAACGUCGCUUUGGUCAUGUGUGAUCUGUGCAUCAGGUACCCUAAUCUCGUUGAUCGCUACGUGCCUAAUCUAGCAGCCUGCCUGAAAGACAAGGAUAAACUGGUCAGGAAACAGACGCUGACUCAGCUCACCCAGCUAGUUCUGGAGGACUAUGUGAAGUGGAGAGGACCCCUUUUCUUCCGCUUCGUUUCCGUCAUCGUAGACGAGGUGGACACCGUGAGAGAUUUUGCUGAGUAUUGUUUGGUGGAGCUCCUUUUGAAACGUCAUCCCGGGAUGCUGAUGCAGCAGUUUGUCGAGAGUGUUUUCCAUUUCAACAACUAUCGCAAACACUCUGUCUUCAAUCAAUUCACACAAUCUGACCGAGAGAGGGAGCUCUUCAGUUUACAAGGAAGUGAGAACUCUGAGAAGAGAAUGAUCAUCUUUAAGUUUAUGCUCAAGCACAUGACUGAUGAGCAUCGCUUCAAACUAACCGCUAAACUCAUACAAGAGGUUCUUGGAGCAUUUGUUGAUGGAGUUCUCUCUCUUGACAACGAGUCUAGCCCCAUCCUCCAAGAUACGCUGAAGAUUCUCUGUUGCAAGGAGAUCAAGCUAGCCUCCCUCCACUCCAAGCAAGCAAACCCUGAUGACAUUGUUGAGGAGAUGCAGAUGGCCGAAGCCGUCAUGGCCCAAGCGAAGACCAAACUCAUUUCCCAAGUCGUCAAGAAGAACGUCAUUGAGAACAUCAUCCCAGUGAUCAUCGCCCUCAAGCACAUGCUGGAGGAGAAGCAUUCUCCAUUGCUAGGCGACUUGAUGCUCUACUUGAAGGAACUGAUGAAGGAGUACCGCAAUGAAAUCAAAGACAUUCUUGCGGCCGAUCGUCAGCUGGCCUCGGAGAUCGAGUUUGACCUUCGCAAGUUUGAUGAACAGCAGGCGGAAGCCGCCAAGCAAGCCGUUCAGGAGAAAGACAAGGCCAAUACGCCGGGCAAGGCAGGAAAGGAGACGCCCACGGCAGAAGGGAUGCAGAAACCAGCUACUCCAGGACUUACCAAGACACCACAGCUUCUUUCACCAAGGUCCGUGGCAGGUCGUUCGCCGAGGGUUACUGGACAGAGCCCCAAGACGCCGACAAGCAAGGUUGCCCCAAGCAAAGAGAGACUUCUUGCUGCCCAGGCCAUAGUGAACUCCGCCCGGCGAGCCUUUGCGACCGCCAGGCGUGCCAACACCCCCGGAAACAACACACCUGGUGCCAACGCCAGCCCUAGGGUGCAGCAGGGUGGCACCCCUCCACGUCCCCAAGCUGGAGGGGCGAGUGAUGGUACCCCUCCACCGCCUGGGCCCCAUGCUAGAAGGGUGAGUGAUGGUACCCCUCCACAGGCUCGGCCCCAACCUGGAGGGGCGAAAGAUGGAGUGAUGGAUAAUGAGGGCGGGGCCAGUACGGAAAUCGAGGAGAGGGUACGGCGGGUACGCGUCAGCGAGGACACCACUCCGGAGUCCAGUCUGCGAUCGCCGCUCAGGGAGUCAUGUGAUCAGAAUACAUCAAAGGAGAGUGAGCCAGACAUCCAACGAGCUAUCAGCACACCAGAUAAGACGAUUGCAAACAUCACCUUCCAAGCUCCGAUGGAUAUGAGCAUCAUUCCGCUCUCGUCCCCCAUCCCGACAUCACUACCGAUCAGGGUCUACAGUGACCAACGCCCUUCUUCGAAAGGUACUAAGAGUUGGGUACCCCAGCUGGACUCGCAUGAGGAAAUUCAGAUCAAGAAAGAAAAUCUGGUUCUCAUGUUCUCACCAGAACAACCAGCUCCAAAACCUAGGUUGUGGAAUAUCACCUCACCCCAGGUUGACCAGAAACCGAGUAGUCGUCGACCACCAGCAGAAUCCCAGCCGACAUCAUCGACCUCCUCUGACAAGGCCGAAGCAGGAGGACGACGAAGUAGGCGAAGAGGUCCUUCUGAAAAUGAACCCGAACCGGAGAGACGACGAAGCGGCCGGAUGAAAGCUCGCUAAGGAAAGCUUGACCAUGCCGAAGAAUAGUAUUUUAGAAUUUCUUGAUAAAUGAAUAUUUCAUUUAAAAAGUAAGUGUGUAUUGAGAUUUCCUGAAAAAUAUAUUAUAAUGCCAACAUCAGGCUCUAUGGAAAACAAGGGAUAUACAUGCAGUAUCCCUGCUAGAAAGAUUACAGGUGUGAUUCGUAUGGUGGCAUCUAUGAAUAUGAGGUUUGGAGCACAAUGUGAAAAUGAUGA